UUCUUGAUCCCUAUGGAGCUACUAUGUUUGGUUCUUAGGGGGGCAAAAUAGCCAGCAACAACAGUGGCUGAAUUCUGAUGCUUGGAACCAAGGGAUGCAACAUACACACCCCUGGAUGCAAAAUUAGAUGCUUCCACAUGCUUCUAUAAACAGAACACAAGGGAAUGCCCUGAAUAUUCCAGUGAGUGCAACUAUGUAUGGUAUAUUCAAUAGUCAAGGCAAUACACAGGCAAACUUGCUUGUGAACCUGGGUGCACAUACUUCAGUGGGUGAGUCCAACCAAGUGUCUGCUGCACUCCAACCCCCUGCAAACAAGGUCGCUUAUGAAGCCCCUAUGUCAUACAUGCAACUCCUACUUGCUGCUGAAGAAGAGGGUGCUAGAAAUGCAUCAUCACAAUCACAAGAAGAUCGCCUUGUUCGUACUGAGAAUGAUAUGUACAUGAUAACUGGGUGAUACAGUGUAUCUUCAGAAGAUCCAUUCCAAGCACACGCUGGGGGUGGAGCUCAGCAUACAUCUGAAGUCGAUGACCAGCAUGAUAUAGAUCUUGAACCUUUUGUUGACAAUUGAUUUUCAGAAAGCUUGAAUGAUUUGAACUGGGACAAUGAAAUGCAGACAGAAGCAGGAGGAAACAAAAACGGCUCUAUGGUGUCAAAUGAGAUUGCUUCUGACAAUGAUUCUGAUUCCGAGGAUGAUCUUUCUUCGUCGUUGUUGCAAAAAUCCUCUGAAAUUGCUGUUACAACUGCUGGAGAACAAGAGAACAGUGGUGCAGCUGGUGAAGUUCAAAAAUUAACACGGGAAGACAUACUGAUAUUCCUUGAAAAUGACAGUAUAGAAGCUGCUCAAAGUGCUAGCCAAGAAGUGCGCAGCUAUCACGUACCCCAUGUGGACAUGGUCUUUGAUAUGGAUGAUGCAGCUUACAACUUUUACAAUGAGUAUGCCUCAAUUGCUAGUUUUUCUGUGAUUAAAGCAUCUCGGUAUUGUGGCAAGAAACAAGGAGGCAGUGCAGCAACUCGGGUAACUUUCAAGUGCAAUCGGUCAGGAAGAGUAAUUGAUGAAGAAGAACAAGAGAAUAGGAAGAAGAAACGACGUGACACAAGGCAACAGAAGACAGGACAAGAGCCCUAUCGCAACGCAAGGAAGAAAAAAGCAAACACCAUUGCAAUAACAGGGUGUAAAGCUCAGCUUAUUGUCACCAAGAAGGAUGAGAAGUGGGUGAUAAAAACCAUAAACCUAGAGCACAACCAUGAUUUGAGUCCUCACACAGAAGUGAAAUACCUUCGUUCUCAUAACUACAUGACAGACGAGGAGAAGCUCCUAAUCCGAACUUUCAAUGCUGUGAAGCUACAAACAAGACAAAUAAUAGCAAUCCUAAGUUACUUGAGAGGCGGGAACACUCCUUACACCAAAAAGCAUGUAAGCAAUGUUAGAACAGCCAUUGGCAAAGAGAGCAAUCAAAAUGACAUGAUGCAGGUGCUCACAUAUUUCAGGAAGAGACAAGCUGAAGAUCCACAGUUUUACUAUGCGUUCAAAACGUAUGAGCUGUAUGCAAGUAAAGUUUUGUUCAUUUUCUAGGCUGACGGAUAUUCUAGGAAAAUGUAUGAGCUGUAUGGAUACUGCCUCAGCUUCGACACAACAUUCAAGACAAACAGAUACAACCUCCCAUUUGCUCCCUUUGUUGGUGUCACAGGACAUGGCCAGAACUAUUUGUUUGCUUGCUCUAUGAUAGAGAAUGAAACAGCUGACACCUUUCAAUGGUUGUUUGAGACAUUGUUGCAUUUCAUGGGUGGGAAAUCUCCGUCCACAAUCAUAACAGACGAGGAUGAUGGGAUGAAGACAACUAUUCCUAUAGUUUUCCCGCAUAUCUGCCACAUGCGUUGUUUUGUUUCAUAUUAAAAAGAAGGCUGAGGAAAAAUGUACUAGGACUUUUGCAGCACAUAAGACACUGCAUGAUGAUUUUAGUGACAUCAUUCACAACUCUCUGACGGUGGCUGAGUUUGAGCAAUUGUGGACAGAAAUGUUGGAGAAAUACAACAUUGGGCAUGUGAAGUAUUUUCAAAUCAUGUGGAACAAAAGGAAAAGGUUUGUCCCUGUGUAUUUCAAGAUGGACUUCUUCCCCUUCAUUCACUCUACUGCGCGUAGUGAAGGCACCAAUGCCAUUUUCAAGGACAACAUCAUGUCAACUCACAAUGUGAUCAGCUUCCUCCAAGAGUACCAGAAGAUUUCAGAGACCAUACAAGAUAAGGAGAGGCAGCAAGACUCUAUCACAAGAACAACUUCGCCGACAUUCUGGGUACGAAGUGAGCUUGAGAUACAAGCUGCAAAAAUGUACAACAGAAAUAUAUUUUACAGAUUCCAAAAACAGAUAAAGUUUGUUCUGAAUUUGCAUGUUGAAGAGGUUGAGAGAAAUGUGAAGUAUGAAGUCUACAAGACACCAAUGCUAGCUGAAAAAGAUUUCAGAACGCGAAGAUUUGUUGUGAUUGUCAACUUGCAGCAAUAGCUGUUCAGUUGUAUCUAUGGGCAAUUUCAGAAAGAUGGCAUUGUGUGUUGCCAUGUCUUGAGGGUCC